UUUAUGUUGUUUCUUUUCUCUUUUAGAAGGAAUGAACUGCAUGAACAAGAAUCAUGGUUGUGCCCACAUCUGCAGGGAGACCCCAAAGGGUGGCAUUGCCUGUGAAUGCCGACCAGGCUUUGAGCUCACCAAGAAUCAGCGAGACUGCAAGUUGACCUGCAACUACGGAAAUGGAGGAUGCCAACACACUUGUGAUGAUACAGAUCAAGGGCCAAAGUGUGGUUGCCAUGUGAAGUUUGUACUACACUCUGAUGGGAAGACAUGCAUAGGGGAGAGGCACCUCCAGCAGCACGUUACCCCCCAGACGUUUUCUAAUGAAACGUGUGCUGUCAACAAUGGAGGCUGUGACAGCAAGUGCCAUGAUGCAGCCACUGGCGUGCACUGCAGCUGCCCAAUGGGAUUCAUGCUUCAGCCUGAUAGAAAAACGUGCAAAGAUAUCGAUGAAUGUAGGUUGAACAAUGGCGGCUGCGACCACAUCUGCAGGAACACAGUGGGGAGUUUUGAAUGCAGUUGUAAGAAAGGAUAUAAGCUGCUGAUCAACGAAAGGACCUGUCAAGAUAUUGAUGAAUGCUCCUUUGACAGAACCUGUGACCACAUCUGUGUAAACACACCAGGGAGCUUCCAGUGCCUGUGUCACAAAGGCUACACACUCUAUGGACUCACCCACUGUGGAGAUGUCGAUGAAUGUAGCAUCAACCGAGGAGGCUGCAAAUUUGGCUGUAUAAACACCCCUGGCAGCUAUGAAUGUACUUGCCCUGCUGGCUGCAAACUUCAUUGGAAUAAAAAGGAUUGCAUAGAGCUGGUGAUAUGUUUGGCUGGCGCAGUAUCUCCACGAGCCACACUUACCUGCAACAAGAAUGGCAAGAAGGACAGCUGCUCCCUCACCUGUGCCUCUAAGGCUCGCUUCCUGCCUGAGUCUGACAAUAGCUACACAGUGAGUUGCGGUACCCCAAUAUUGCGGCAGGGACCUCCACAGAGGCCCAGCAAUAUCAGCCAUCCCUGUGUUGAGACUGUCGCUGCUCCAAUCAAACAAAAGGCUUCCUUCAAAAUCAAGGAUGCUAAGUGUCACCUGCACCCACGCAUGAAAGGCAAGCAGGAUGAGGUGGGCAGGAAUGCUGCACUAGGUGGGGCAGCCCCUUGCUCAGAUUGCCAGGUGACAUUUGUGAACUUAAAGUGUGAUUCAUCCAAGAAGGGCAAAGGACGCCGUGCCCGCAACUCCCCCAACAAGGAGGUGACUCGCAUCACGUUGGAGUUUGAAGCUGAAAUCAAGCCCGAAGAAAUUACAGCCAGCUGCAAUCUGAACUGUGUGCGGCAGAAGGUUGAGAAAAAACUGAAAUCGGCAAUCAAAGCACUGAAGAAAUCCAUAAACCAGGAACGGUUCCUGAUCCGCUUUUCAGGGAUGGAAUACGAAGUGGCACGGAAGCUGAGCAUGACUCCCGAGAGGCAGGAGAGUUGUGGGCCGGGACAGGAGAGACUGGGACCUAAGUGUGUUAGCUGCCUGCAAGGAACGUAUUACCAUGGUCAGAUGGAGCAGUGUGUCCCUUGCCCUCCAGGGACCUACCAGGAGAAAGAAGGCCAGCUCUCCUGUGACCUUUGCCCUGGAAGUGAUGCUUAUGGGCCAGCUGGAGCAACAAAUAUAAGCGCCUGUGCAGGUCAGUGCCCCCCCGGCCAGUACUCUGUAGACGGUUUCAAACCCUGCCAGCCAUGUCCACGUGGCACCUACCAACCUGAAGCAGGCCGAGCUUUGUGCUUCCACUGUGGCGGGGGACUGAACACUAAGCAUGAUGGAGCUUUCUCCUUCCAGGACUGUGAUACCAAAGUUCAAUGUUCCCCGGGCCAUUAUUAUAACACCAGCGUCCACCGCUGCAUCCGCUGUGCCGUAGGCACUUACCAACCUGACUUCCGCCAGAACUACUGCAUCACAUGCCCUGGGAAUACCACCACAGACUUUGAUGGCUCAACCUCUGUGUCACAAUGCAAAAACCGUCAAUGUGGAGGGGAGUUGGGAGAGUACACUGGUUAUAUUGAGUCUCCCAACUACCCUGGAAACUACCCUGCAAAUGUGGAGUGUACUUGGAAUAUCAACCCACCGCCAAAGCGCAAGAUUCUCAUUGUGGUGCCUGAAAUCUUCCUGCCGUCUGAGGAUGAAUGUGGGGAUGUCCUGGUCAUGCGGAAAAACUCAUCUCCUUCCUCCAUCACCACCUAUGAGACAUGCCAGACUUAUGAGAGACCCAUCGCCUUCACUGCAAGGUCCCGGAAGCUGUGGAUCAACUUUAAAACUAGUGAAGCCAACAGUGCCAGAGGCUUCCAGAUACCAUACGUCACCUAUGAUGAGGAUUAUGAACAGCUCGUGGAGGAUAUUGUACGGGAUGGCAGGCUAUAUGCUUCUGAAAACCAUCAGGAAAUACUGAAGGACAAGAAGCUGAUCAAAGCUUUCUUUGAUGUGCUGGCUCACCCACAAAACUACUUCAAAUACACAGAGAAACACAAGGAAAUGCUCCCACGAUCCUUUAUCAAACUCCUCCGGUCCAAAGUUUCCAGCUUUCUCAGGCCUUACAAAUAGCCUUGUGACACUUUUCACCAGCCUUCCAGGCUCCUCGACAGCCAAGAAAACUUUUUCUUACACUUAAUUCUUAUUUUUCAAUGACUUUUUCCUACGAAUACAAACCCCAUUUUCUCACUAUGCAGAUGACUCUAACCAUUGGUCUUCCCUUGGCUUUUCUCCAAACCAAAUUCACUGAUGACAUUGCCCUUGGAAGAAGCAGCUGGCAACCAUCCCCUGAGCUUUCCAUACUGGAGUCUCAGCCCAUGGAGUUCACAUAUCCCAGUAAGUGAUACACUCUUCACAAGUGGCCUUUACUGGGACCUGUAACUCCAGGGCAGUUUCCGCCUUCUCCCAUAUAUGCAAAUUAUGUACGGCCCCUUCUGCUGCAAGGCAGCUGCCAAAGAGGCUGUUUGUACAUCUCUCUGCACACGAUUGUCUGCUUCUAGAUAGAAACACCCCUGCUACCAUAUCAUGCUCCACUCCUGGGACACAGAAGAAACGGGGAGACAUUGAGCAGCUUCUAAGCAGUGGAACCGGUCCAGCUGAACUCUUUCAUAAAGAAUUGGGGGCAAAGGGCACCCAGAAUGCGGAAGGUUAUGCCUUAUUUAUCAGACUGUUGGGGGGGGGGGUUAAGAGAAAAAUAAACCAAGCACAGUCUUGCAGAGAGGAUCAGACAAAAUAAAGCGUAAGGUGUGGGGAGGAAGAUCAUGUAAAAGAAAAAGACGUAUCACAGAAGUGUGAAAGUAAAUCGCCCAUGUUCGUGAUGGCAAGUUUGGUGACUUAAGAGCAUCGUUUCGUGAUGGAGUCUUGACUUUUUGCAUUCAGAGAAAACAUUGGCCUAGCCACAAUCUCACAUGGAAUGAUGUCUGGAAAAAGGGGAAGAAAACAUGGUAAAAAGUGAGACUUUCCAAUGUGAUUUCUCCCCCAUGGAGACUGGUGCUGAGAGAUCAGACUUCUUAUAAGCUCUGCCAAAGAGUAACUCAAUGACA